UAGGUAAGUCAGAUUUCUAUAUGUACAAACGAUUUCCUGGUUUUCGUGUUUUUUAUAUGGUUUUUCUGCAUAAAUUCGGAAAAUUGUUUCGACGGUUUUAACUAUCUAGCAGUAGAAUUAUAGCACAUAUCUGCAAUGGAGGAACGAAGAAAAAACACCGAAUAGUUGACAGAUCGAUUAUAUUCAUAAGCUAUAGAGAGAAAAAAUGAGAUUUUAUUAAUGAACUAAAUCAUAGAUGAAGCUAAUUCCAUGGAAAUCCAAAUAUGUGUUUCAUACCAGUUAAAGAAGCUGAAGAAGAUAAUGCACUUGAGUUUAAGAAAACCCCCCACCAAGUAACAACUUCUCAGCCCGGAGAUUUUAUACGAUGGGUGCGUAUCACCAUCUAUACGCUAUUCAUCCUCUCCGGUCAGUCAGCAGCUAUACUCUUGGGCCGACUGUACUAUGACGAAGGUGGAAAAAUUAUAUGGAUGGCAACACUAGUGCAAUUCACAGGGUUUCCUAUCCUAAUUCCUUACCACUGCAUCUUAUCAUCCAAAAAGAUCGCCGCACAUAGCAAUGUGCACCAACCAUCUGCCUCAGUACUGACAGCGAUGAAUCUCUCUCUUGGUGUAUUACUCGCAGCAGACAGCUUGUUGUAUUCUAUGGGACUCUUGUACCUUCCAGUUUCUACCUUUUCACUCAUUUGUGCAUCGCAGUUGGCCUUCAAUGCUUUCUUCUCGGUCUGCCUUAAUUCACAAAAGUUCACUCCUUUUAUAGUCAAUUCUCUAGUCCUUCUCACCAUCUCCUCCACCCUGCUUGUGUUUCACCCCAACUCAGCAAACCUCACAGGAGUCUCCAAAGAGAGGUAUACGAUUGGGGUCAUUUGCACUGUUGGUGCAUCAGCUGGGUACGGCUUGAUGUUCUCCCUCACACAGUUCUCCUUCGAAAAGGUUCUAAAAGCAAAACUUUUGUAACUGUAUUGGAAAUGAUAAUCUAC